GCAAACCUCACACGACGCAACCCGCCGCCGCGCUUCACAACGCCUAACCGCAACACACGCCAGCCAUCGAACCCGACCCGGAAAUCAUCUCCAAACCCUUGCGCAAGAUCAUACAACCGCUCGUCUCAGGAAUUGAGGCUUGCGCACGACGCCCAGCAUGUCUUCCUCCGCGCCGCGCUCUGGUGAGCGUGUCAUCCACCAGGAUUUCAUCGCUCGCAUUCGUUAUUCAAACGCUCUCCCACCUCCCCCGAACCCUCCAAAGCUUCUCGACAUCCCUAAUGUCGGGUUAUCCAGCGGACAGUACACAAACCCAGGCUUUGCCUCGCGCCUUGCGCGUGAACAGCCGCUCAACAUCGAGGCCGAUGCUGAGCUGGGUAUGCCCCUUGACCUGGUAGGUAUGCCAGGUGUGUUUGACGGGGAUGAAAGUUCCAUUCAAGCUCCUGUCCAGACACCGGCUGUCCACCCUCACGACAAAGCCCUUCUUCGACCGUUGGCUGCCCUCGGCAAGCUCAAGGCUCCCGAAGCAAAUGUCUCUUUCCUGCGACGUACCGAAUAUAUCUCGUCCAUGGUCCCAAGACGUCACGAAAAUAGCAGCCCCCGAGCGCUGCUUGCUAAAGCCAAGAAGCCUCAGCGAAUUGCCGAUAGUGCGGCCGAUUCUCCUCAGGUCAUCAAGCGCAAGAUUGACCGCAGCUUCGAAGUUGCAGAGCAAGACCUCAAAGAUGCCAAGAAGCUCAAGCAUCCGACCAAGAAGCACCUUAAGCUUGUUGAAGCCAUUCCGCUGCUGCCCGACUUGGACGCUUUCCCCGACUCUGGCGCCUACGUGACCAUUAAAUUCCUAACAAACCCCAUGUCCACUGCAAACAACUCAUACGACACUCGCUUGCUAAGCGGUCUCUUCCGACCCAUCGAUCGAACAGAAUCCGAGGAGGCGGCUUACGAAGCUGCACUCGCUGCGCACGAACAGGAUCCUUACAACGUUCCCAAGCCUCAAAACUUGAUGAACUACGACUUCUACCUGGGUCAAAACUCAGAGACAGGUGUCAACUUCCAGCGCAUGUUUGAUGUGGAAGACCCUGAUCAAGAAAACGAGACGUUAUACACAGACCGCACCAACGGCUGCUUCCAAUUCAACCGUAUUCGCGCGUACGAGACGGCCCAAGAGACGGAGCUUGACCAACCAACGAAAUACCAGGACGAGAUUCUUCUCGCAUAUAAUGAUGACGCCACAUACCCCCGCCAGAAAGCAAUGUACUACUACCCCGUCAUGCAAAAGUCGACGGUGCGUCCGCAGCGCACCAAGAAUAUUGCUCGCACAGCGGGUAUCCACGACCAGCAGGAGCAGAUUGUCGACCAGCUGGACGUUACAGUAGACAACCCCAACGAGGAUAUGCUGGACGCCAUGAAGCGGUACAAGGAAGCCCCCCUGGGUUGGGAACAGGAGCAAGAGGGAGAGGCAGAAGAAGACAAUGCUGCGGGCAGCCCAGACGGCCAACGAGAGAAGUCACCGUCUGAGGACAGAGACGCUGACGGUGAUGAUGAAGAAUAGCAUUCCUCAUCUCCCCUCGGGUAAAAUAACCAGAGAGUAUGAAAAUACUAGUGCGCUGAUGGAUAUCUGCCUGAGCCCAUCGCUGAGCAAGUCGUUUGGGUUCUUUGACCGGCCGAAUGGAUACAAAGUUGCUCACGAUUUGUUUCCAAUCUUCUCGCAGUCCAAAAUAUCGUCCUACAGCGACAUUAUAUACCCCUCGCCCUGGUAUUGGGUAGAUGAGGUCAACUAUGAAUCUUUCGAAGUGGGUGUGUUUGAUUUGGUUUAAUUAGCUUCUUGGUCUUUCGUAUUUCGAAGUCGGCUUUUGUACUUGUAUCAAGCAGAAUGGGAGUAAAAGGUUAUAUUUAGAUAAAAUUCUAUACAAAUAUUCAACAAUAUUCAACAGCACAUCUCUUUUCCAUGGGCGUAAAUAAAUUCCCCAAAACGCCGGUCGUUGAAUCCAACAUGCAGCACAACAGUAAACUACCUAUACAAGAGUAAAAGGCGAUGAUAUCUCUGACGGCUUUAUCCCAGGCAAGAAGAACGAAAAUUUCUACAAGAAACCUGACUCAGUUACCACCAACUGGUGAUGCGGCAGAUUUUGCAUCGGGAUCAUAUCCAAUGGAUUCGCGAUUAUCGUCAAUCACUCGACUAUAUCUGCAAAGAAAAGUGUUAGUCAACGUCUCUCUCUCAGCCCAGAUAGCUAUAAAACGCUGUUAUCAACUAAUAGAAAACUUACUCCAAGAGAAGCCGGAAGAACCAAGCCUCCAUAUCUUCUUUGCGCAGAACCUUGUUAGCCCAAGUAGCGCUAGCCUUGGCCAUGUUUUCCGCCUUGGCUUCCGAGUUGCUGAAGAAGCGGACUAGCUCCAGCCAAUCUUCUCCACGCAUACUCAUAGGCACAAAGUGAAUCCACGGCAUCAGCCACUCCUUGUGCCAUUCUUGGAAAAGGGCUUGCUUGAAGACCUGGCUGCGGCUCUGCAAGAAGGCGUAAAAGCGUCCACUGAACGCAUUGCCGUCCAUGUCAAGCAGAUGCUUGUAUGACCAGGCAUCCUGCAUAUCCACCAUCUCGCCAACCUUGAAAAAUUGCUUCUGAGCUUCACAGUCGCCGGGAUCGCACUGGCCAACAUGCGAAAAGUGGACGUCAACAAGGUUAUUAUAUUGGCCGCGAGCCGCCUUUGUUGCACUCCACUGGGGGUGCGCAUCAUCGCCAGUGUCCGUAAACACAGUGACCUGCUUAUGAUCAUUCAGCUUUUGGACAAGGUACUGGCGAUGCUGCCGUCUCCAACCACCAUUUCGGCUGAAACCGCCCGUGGUCGAGCCUCGCCAGUACAGCGCAUUGUGCUUCUUGCCCCAUGUCAAAUCUCGUGUUUCAUUAUAAACAACCCUGUCUGCCCAAUACCAGGGCGAGGGGUAUAUAAUGUCGCUGUAGGACGAUAUUUUGGACUGCGAGAAGAUUGGAAACAAAUCGUGAGCAACUUUGUAUCCAUUCGGCCGGUCAAAGAACCCAAACGACUUGCUCAGCGAUGGGCUCAGGCAGAUAUCCAUCAGCGCACUGGCGUUGUACACAAACUCGCCCUCCGUCACGCUGUAUUCGCUAAUCUUAUCGCCGAGGUCGUCGUCAUCCAAAGCUCUCGCUGGGCUAUCUGGAGCACACGACAUCCUGGACGUUGACCAGGUCGGCUGAUGCGCAGCCUCUCUGAAGCGGGUAAACUUGGCAUCUUCAAAGCGCAGACGAGAGCUAACAUCGGCAAUCUUGGGGGUGAAAUGGUUGGCAAGUUGCUUAUUACUAUUGGCGGCAGGCAUAUUCGUCUCCCGAGCCUUUUGAACAAGUCUUGUUAGGUCGUCGUAGGGGAUGACAAUGCGGGAUUCGUCAUGGAUAUUGAACGCAAGAUCCAUAUCCGGCAGGUACUUGACAAACGGCGCCAUCAUUUUGAUAGUUGCUUCCUCCUGCCACUCGUAACCACCGACGCUCUGCGUAAAGGCAACUUGGUGAUUACGGAUGCCCAGCCCCAGAAGACCAUUGGGGAACCCGAGCGCUUCGCGAGCUCUACUUCGAAUCGUAGCGGGCUUCAACCCCCAGAAUGGUGUAAUUAGAUCAAAUAUCGUAUCAAACUCGUCGAUUAAUUGGACAUUAUGGCUCUUUGCAAACUGAAACCACUUGUCGAAAUGCGGCGGGGGCGGGAGAUUGUACCGCCGGUUGUAUUCCUUGACGGCCUCGUCUAGCGUUUUCGAUUGCCGGCCAAGCAUAUUGUUAAAGUCAUUUUUCGCAUUAGUGCUUAAGUAGUCGAUGGGAUGGUUCGAAGUAUCUGAGAGCUUUCUCGGCCCAGAGGACUCUCCUAUUCUGUCUUUGAUGUCCCAGUCGCGCAGCUGGUCUUCAAUACCAUGUGCUGGUUUGUCAUUUCGUACGGGAGCGAGAUGCGGCGAUUCGCUUGAUCUGCGAAACAGGAAAAGCAGCGUCAAAAUCAGCGCAAUAGCGAGCAUCAUAUGGACGCCGCGCUUGCGCACUCUGAAACUGGCGAGCGCUGGGCGAAAGCCGGGGACAGCGCCUUGCCGCGGCUGGCCCAUGGCGGGCAAGAUGCCAUGACGAGCCGAAGAGGAGCUGCGACGCAUCGUCAACAAUGUCGAUGCCCCCAGACGAUGCAGAAACGGCGCAAGUGGUGGUGAUGUGAAAG